AUGUCUUCCACCAAAGCCAUAGUCAUCAUAGCCCUCUGCGCUUUACAAGCAGCAGCUCAAACCCCAACCUUGACCUCAACCGAAACCCCAGCUACGCUUCCUACGCACCCUACAUUGUCAAUGCCACCAUGCUGGGAGUUUAAAAAUUCGCUUCCCAUUACAGGCGCACCGGCACCACCAAUGGACAUGUCCGAACUAGGCGUGUCGUUCGCUCUCGGAAGUCUCUACAACACCGCUGACCCGUGCCAGCUCCCCGUCAUCACGGGCUCGUCCGCCGACGAUUUCUCAGAAUGGGCUUCGGAAUGGACAAUCUGGCAGGCUCAACACGUUUCCGAGUUUCGAGUCCUUUGGAAGUCUUGUAGUGAUGAGCCUUAUAUCACCGAUCUUGUGCCUGUUGGGCCCGAUGCGUGCAGUACUCUCAAGGCCAGGAUCACGGGAACCUCUGCUGCGGAUGAUGAUGGUGAGGACGAAAGGGUGGCAUCAACAACAUCUGACACUAAGCCUGAAGAGACAGGUGAUGGUAAGCCUGAGGAUGUUCAAGACUCUUCAGCCUCGCAUUCAACGGGCUCUCUUCUUGCUUUUCUCAUUGCUGCCUAUGUAUUCGGUGUUGCUGCGUAA